UUGUCCCAGAGAGGGCUGCAGUAAUCAAAGUAGGGCUGCACAAUAGCAUUGUACAUCAAUUUUAGUGUCGCAGACGAUACGAAGGGCCUAAUACGUCUUAUAGCACCGAUUCCCGCACUGACUUUUGAACAUAUCGUAUCAAUAUGUUUUUCCCAGGUCAAUUUUUCGUCAAUGUUGACACCAAGGCAAGUAUAAUUUUCAGUCCUGGGUAUUGGGACGUUAUUAACAAGAAUUGGGUUGCCAGAUACCUUAUGUUUAAUAUUAUACGCUGAUCCAAUAAACAUAUAUUUCGAUUUUGUCGGAUGAAUUUGGAGCUUAUUUUGUUGCAUCCAUUUUCGAAUAUUUUCAAGAUCAAGGUUUAUUUUAAUAACAAUGUCAUCACAAUCUUUAGAGGAUAGAUAAAUUUCUGUGUCAUCUGCGUAGAGGGAUGGAGUUGAAUAUUUUAAGGAGUCAGGCAUAUCGUUUAUGUAUAAUAGGAAUAAUAAAGGGCCCAAAAUAGAUCCCUGCGGUACACCACAUUUUAUUUUUCUCGGGCUCGAUAAAUGACCGUUUACCAGACAUUGCUGCUCUCUAUCAGAUAGAUAAGACUUGAACCAAUUUAGUGGAAUUCCUGAUAUACCAAAGUAGUUAAGCAUCUUUUUUAAUAAUAUUUCAUGGUUUAUACAAUCAAAGGCCUUACGUACAUCAAGGAACACGACACAAUUUAUUUUGCCAUUAUCCAUAUUCUCAAGUAGAUCGUCACACAUUUGUAUCAAAGAGGACAGUGUGGAGUGUUUAGGUCGAAAUCCCGAUUGAAACUUGGAGAGUAAGAAAUUAUCAGAAACAAAGCUAUAAAUUUGUCUAAAAACCUCUCUUUCAAAAACUUUACUUACGAUUGGCAGUAUAGAAAUCGGCCUAUAAUUUUCACAUUUUAGUCUGUCGUCUGAUUUAUAAAUUGGAUUCACUCGAGCCCGUUUCCAGUCGUCAACAUAAAUCCCUGUUUCGAGUGAUAAAUUAAAUAUAUAGGACAGUGACGGAGCUAUGAUAUCUGCAGUUAGUUUAAGGACUUUGGGUGGAAUUUUAUCUAAACCAGUAGAUUUGUUAGUCUUUAAACUCAUUAAAGCCAACGCUACAUUUUCCACAUUAAUUUGAUGGAACUGGAAUUCUGUGUUUAUUUGAGUGUUAGGAAUGUAACCGUUAUUCAUUUCCUCUUCAGAAAGUUCAUGAUUUACUUCAGAUGCCAAAUUUGGGCCUACGUUAACGAAAUAUUCAUUAAAGGCUUCGGCAAUAAGUUUCGAAUUGGAGGUGUUACAAUUAUUAACAGAGAUUUCUGUAAUAUUGUUGGCCUUAUUAUUCUUUCCAGUAAGAGAGUUUAUUAGUGACCAGGUUUUUUUCAAAUCAUUUAAUUUAGCACACUCUCCAAUCUCUCUAUGAUAGAAAUCGGCUUUUGUUUUACGCAUUCGUAUAUUUAUUUUAUUCCGCAUAAACUGAUACUUUUCCCAGUGUAUUGUAGAGUUAAAUUUUAUAGCCUUUUUUUUAUGAUAAUCUCUUUCUCUCAUUAAUGGAGAACUUCUCUUAGUAACACAUCUCCAGCGAAUGUGAUUUGGCUUGGAAACCUGUUUGGUGUACAUAUAAGCACCAAAGCAAAGUUUCAUUCCUCCCUUAUUUCUUGCAAUUACUUUCAUUUCGUCUCUAAUUCCUGUAUGUGUUACGAAUACCGACAAAUAGCAACCUAAAGUUGCACGAUAUUUAUAUACGUCUAUCCCACAAUUAUUUUUUUUCUGAAAACGUCUCACAUCACUGCAUGUCUCAGUAUUUUUGAAACAAUGAAAUGACUUAUUAAAAGGCAUAUGACUCGAAAAUUGACGAUGUUGUUUUUUAGUCUAAUUUGAAAGAUCAUUAUUGAAAACUGUAGAGUAACUUCUUUGACAGAUUUUUGUUUUCUUUCUUCUUUUUGGAGAUAUUUCAUUUUGUAUGAUAUGCGAAGGACCAACUUCCUACGUCACAUAUGCAUAAUGAUUGAGCCCUAAAAGCUGUAUAUCUUUAAUACGACUAAACAAAAUCAGUACAAAACCUACAUGGGCGUUGUUGUGGACAAAUCCCGUGUUCAUCAUUCAUUUUGAGCGAAUAUAUUUGAUACUGACAAAAUUACAUAACAUUUUAAAGUAAGUCUUUAUGCAUGUUCAUACAAAAUGAAAUAUCUCCAAAACGAAGCAAGAAAACAAAAAUCUGUCAAAGAAUUUACUCUACAGUUUUCAAUGAUCUUUCAAAUUAGACUAAAAAAUAACACCGUCAAUUUUCGAGUCAUAUGCCCUAUAAACAGUAAGUGAUGACUCAUUGAAAUCAGUGCCGACCAUUGUCAACGUGCUUUCCGUGAAUGCUCUUCAAUAAUACCCAUCCGAAUGCCAAUAAAAUAACAAUAAGUGAUGACUCAUUGAAUUCCGACCAUUGUCCGAUGCCAUUUUUUCGUAUACUCGUCAAUUUCAUGGUGCCAGUUUUCCGGUGCCAUUAUCAGGCUGGUGCCUUUUCCGGUAUCAUUAUUUCCGAGCACCCGGUGCAUGUGUUGUAUUACAAGACUCAAGAGUCUUUCAUUAUACCAAAAAUAAAACAAUUCUGUAAUACCAAAAAUGUUAUCGAAGAAAAUGACAUUUUUGCGUUUUUAAAGAAAAUGGCGGCAUUACAGAAACAUAUUUGGCCUAUUGUUGGUCUAUUUUCUAUACAUACUGUAGCUUACAGUCGUGCCAAUAGAAGCGUUCCGAAACAUUUUGACUAAUUCAUUUCCUAACUUGAAGGAACACCUCUGAAACUAACUUUUUAAUUAAGGAACUUAUCAAAUUGUUGAGGAAUUGUUCAGAGGUGUUCCUUCAAGUUAGGAAAUGAAUUGGUCAACAUUUUUCGGAACGCUAGAGAUUGAUAGGCUAUCUUAGAGUGGAUUUAGUACGCAUGUGUUACCACAGCAACAAACUAUGUGUUACCAAAACUACAAUUAGUUUCAAAUAUCUUGGGACAGAUGCCACAAAACCCGUCAUAUUUGAUGGGUUUUGGUAUUUGAAUUGAGAAAACAACAUUGAUUGCAUGGGGAGGGGUACGGUAUUGUGUGUAACAAACUGUAUAGGUUGACUUAAACUGCAUGUCGGUCCAAACAACUUUUGAAAGUGAUUGUAGCAUAAUUUGAAAGAAGAAACGUUGAAACAUUUGAACAUCCCGAUACCUGCUGCAUAAAACCUAAAAAUACAAAUUUUAAAAACGUCAAAUGAAAACAGUAUCAAGCCACCUUAACCAGUUUGCCAAUUUUACGUUUUGGAAUCGCUUAAUGGUAAAAUUCCAACGGAUCUUUCGUUGAGAAGAUUUACAACGAUCUGAACAUACCGUCAGGAAGUCGACGGGAACUGAGGCUGAGAAAUAUCGUUUGCCCAGGACCAGGGACUGAAUAUAACGGUCGGCCACCGGCCAUUAGUCGAGCAAAAUGCUGAUAUGGCCGUCUACUGAUUGCUCUCCACCGACAUUAUGGCCGACCGUUUUGUCCCAUUAAUUUGACUAUUUCUUCCUUUAUUGUUGCAAAUCGUUUUAACAAAAUCUGUAAUGUUUAACACAUGCAAACAAAGAUUCCGUCUGCUCAGUAGACAAUCAUAGAAUCUGACUUGUGCCGAUCCACACAAUAACAAUGUCAUCUCGUCAAUUAUUAAAACAACCACGUCUAUUAAUAUAUACUGUUACUGAGUAAGUUGUCGUUGAUAUUGUGUAAUUUUGUUAACCAUUAUGCAUAUGGUUUUGGACUUUUGGUAGUUGUUACGGUUUGGGUUUCUAGUACUGUGACAACUGACAACGUCCAUUUUGAGAAUAAUUAAGUGUCCGAUCAUCUCUGACCAAAACAUGGGUUGGUCUGACAUAAUGUCAGACAAAGUUUUCAGAAUUAUAUUGAACUCUGCCCUGCAGGACGUAUGCAUGCAAUUGCUCUUUUGGCAACUUUCACGAGAUCCGCUUUUGAGCACGGACGCCGCUAGUACUUUCCCAUCCCUUGCUUAUAUGCCUGACUGCCCGUGGCUAAACUCACUUUCUAUACUUAGGCCAACCGUUGGAGGAAUACGUGAUUUCAAGUCAUCAUGUCAACUCUUGGUUUGAAUGUAGUGAGAAAUGUCUUGACAGCAAAGAUUGUGUUACAUUCAGUCAUCGUACAACAUCAAGUGAUAACAUUAACUGCAUUAUCGCGAGUGAGUCGGAUGAAUUUGUGAGAAAGAACCCACACGAAGUCGAUACGUGGACUACAUAUGAAGUACGGGAGGCUGAACUGGUUAGUAACUGCAAUUGUAUAGUACUAAACCUGGGCCCGGUUGCAUGACGGCCGGAUAGCGCCAUCCAUCAGGUGGAUUUUGAAACGUUAUAAAACUACGGACAAUGUUAUACAGUAGACCUCAUGCACAAUUAAAUAAUUAAUAACGAUAAACAUUAUUAAUUUAUAAAUGCUAAAGCUUAGUCCGGAUUAUACCAAUCAACGAACGGUUUAGAAAGGUUGAAAAAAUCACUAUCCGGGCGAUGGAUAGCGCUAUCCGGCUUUCAUAUAACCGGCCCCUGAGGUAAAUCUACUGAUGGGGAAAGGUGGUCCUUUGACUCCUAGAAUUUAUCUCGGAAUCGUCUGACCUCACCUCGCAUGAAUAAUAAUAAAUCACUCCUAAUAAUUCGUAAAUGAAAGAAUAUUUGAAUUAUAUUUACAAGGAAAUAUGCUCAACACAACAACCAUGCAAGAACGCCGGUAGCUGUGUGAGGAACUCAUGUGAACCUGAGGGAUAUAGUUGUAUAUGUAGUGAAUGGUACUAUGGGAAACACUGCGAGAAUGAAAACAGUGAGUCGCAUCAUGUUAAUUAGUCCUUUGCAGGUUUACGAUAAUAUAUUUCUUAAUAUUCGAUAUAUAAAUAAUAUAUUGAUUAUUUGCGCUGAUGAAAAUCCGGGCUUAUGGAUAGAAAGCAUAAUUAUAAAUGGACGGGUGUCGGCUACAAAAUAACAAACAGAUGAUUACUCAUUGAUCAUCGUCAUCAUCAUUAACAAUACUUUCACCAGCACUGUCACCAAUAUUAGUUAUUACUGAAACAUUCUUUGUACAAAAUUCCUGAUAAAUGUUAUUUCAAAGACGCAAUUCAAAAAAAUGUUUACCAUUAUUAUCGUUACCAUCACUAUUUUAAUCACGAUCAUCAUCAUCAACAACAACACAAUCAAUAACACAAUUUCAUUUUCCUUUACGGGUAAUUUUGACGUCGUGUUUUCAUCACAAGACCCUGUUUUGUCCUAUAUUGAGAUGGACAGCAUCAAGUCCGACCUCACUCAAUUCACGUUCACCGCUUGGUUCAAGUUUACGAUCGGGUUAAAGAAGUACAACCUACUCUCGUACAGAACAAGUGAUGAAAUUGGUGUUAUAAAUGUGCAGUUUUAUGCAAACAGUCAGUCUGUCACUAACUUUAAGGGAAAAAUUAUACAGGACAAUGAAGAGUAAGUGAGAAAGUAGAAGUAUCAAUUAUUUGCUUUUGUUCAAGAUGCUCUUCGUAUCAAAUAUUCUCACACACUAGUUGUAGUUUUUCUAGGCUCCAAGGCUAGUUCUUGAACAUUUCAAACUCUUUCCCUCAGGGAUUUUUCUAAGGCGCAGUGAUAACCAAUGUGUGCAGUAAUAAAUGAGAUUUGUGCAGUGAUAAAUUACAUUAUGUGCAGUGAUAAAAUGCGAUAUGGUUCAGUACCAGAAAUUGGCGACAAAAUGACCAUUGCAUGCUUGUAUGCUUUUUAUUUCAAUUUCAAUUUUAUUAUUAGAUAUCCAUCUUUGGCAUAUAGAAAUACAAUGGAUUUACAAGUUAAAAAUAUUAUACUAAAAUACAUAUAUAACCUAUGAGAGUGUAAGACUUAGAAAGUUUAAAAGGUUUUAUAUACAUAUGUACAAUGAUCUAAUUUCAUGAGUUGGUUAAUCUACACGCCCUUGGGAUAAAAGACGUACUAUGCCUGUGUGUUUUUGAAAGCUGUCUUGGAGUGCUGUCUCUGGUCCUUCUCAGUUCGUAAGUGUGAUUCUUAUUACCAGAUAGGAAACGAUUACAUGGGUUGUUUGGGACUUCCACAAUCCUUUUCAGCUCGUUGCAUGUUGCCUUGUCCCUUCUUUCUUUUAGUGUAGGGAGGGUAUCUUUCUCCAAUCCUAGGAUUCUCAAGCUUCUUUGUUGAACACGUUCAAUUUCUACUUCAAGAUAUUUAGGGAUUCCACCCCAGACUGGAGAGGCGUAUUCAAGUAUUGGCCGGAUCUUCGACGUAUAUGUUAAUAAACCAAUCUCGGGUGGUAGGAAGGAUUUCCUACUCUCUCUGAGAAGGAAUAAUAGCUUAUUUGCUCUUUUUGUUAUUUUACAAACAUGGGUAUUCCACUUUAAAUCAUUUUGCACCCAUACACCGAGAAGUUUGAAGGAGUUUACUCUUUCUAUUUCAAUUCUAUCCGUUUGUAUAGGUGGGGGUCCAGGAGAGGAUUGAGAAAAACUGAUCCACAUGUCCUUAGUUUUUUUGGGAUUCACCACCAUUUUAUUAUCAUUGGCCCAAUUCAUCACUUGAUUAGUCGAUUCCUGCAUAUUUGAAAGGGCUCCGUUUGCAACGACCUCAUCAAGAGUGCAGUCGUCUGCAUACUUGUGCGUGUUUGUAAAGUUGUUUGUUAACGUGUUUUCCAAAUCAUUAAUAUGAAUAUUGAACAGUGUUGGGGAAAUAACGGAGCCUUGCGGGGCUCCAGCUGGACAGGGGGCGCUUGAGGAUAUAACACCAUGUAAAUUCACAUGUUGAGUCCGCUCUGUAAGGAAACACUUCACCCACGACCAGAAGGCCUUUGAUACAUUCAUUUCCGCUAAUUUUAUUAAUAGAAUUCUAUGGUCGACAAGGUCGAAAGCUUUUUUGAAGUCCAAAAACGUAGUAUGGACCCCUUUUCUUCCAAUAUUGGAGUUAUCUGUUACAUCAAACCACUUCUGGGUCAUCGAGAUCAGGGCUGAAACAGUAGAUCGAUUUUUAACGAAAGCAUGUUGGUUGUCCUUUAUUGCCAAAUCAUGAGAGUUGAGUUCCAACUGGAUUUUCUCUAUCAUUUUAGCUAGAUGAGGAAGCACAGAAAUUUGCCUGAAAUCGUUGUUUAUAUCUUUGGGUUGAUGUAUCUUUGGUACCGGAGUUACAAUUGCAUGCUUGUACGCAGUAGGAUACUUGGAUUGGGUAAUGCUGCCUGUUAUGAUACUAUGUAUCGCUGGCAUAUAGUCCGCAUAUCUUUCAGUUUUUACUGGGAUAUACAGGGUGAAAAUAUUUAACUCGAAAUCAUUGCAAUCUGAGAGCUCAUCUAUACUGUUUGCCGACCUCUUGAUCAAUUAAGCAUUCAUAGACUAAUGUUUCUUAGACUAAUCAUAGACUAAUCAUUUUUAUGUCACCUUCGUAUGGUUAAACUGCUGACGAGCGAUUUUGUUUUGUGAUUUUUGAUGUUUAAAUGGUGUAGAGUAAUCUAUAUAUAUAUAUAUCACGAGUGUAAAAACUAGUUCUUGAGCAAUAUCGUUUGGCGUUUUGCAUGCGAUUCAAAAAAUAUGUGAAAAUGUGUAUAUUUUUGCAUGCAAUAGAAUAUGCAGCAUGCAGAUUUGGGCUCAUUAGCCGUGAAUUUAGCUAAUUUACCUGCAUAUAAUUAGUGACAUGCAUGCGGCAAACUUUAAGAAUUAAGUUGCAGAACCAGAGUACUGUAUACAUGUACUUAUGCAGGGCAGUCAGAACGUUUUCUAAAGUGUUGCUAAAUUUAUAUAUAAAUUUGAUCAUUUUUCGCACUUUUGUGCAGUGAUAAAAUUUCCUUAGAAUAAUCCCUGCUUUCCCUGCACUAAAGCCUGAUUUCCGUUUCAUGCACACGGCUAGCGCUUUCGUGACAAACUAUGGUAUAACUGAUGCAAAAUAGUCUGGAACCAGCUUUUAAUUUCUGUGGUGUAUGUAAAUCACCACCUUCACGAGCUUGUUCUUCCUGCGUCACCUUUUUCUCCAGAUUUCCUCCAUUUUCUCUUCCCAGCGUUCCAUCUUGCUCAUAACUUCUUAUAUUUCUCAUCUUGUAUAUUGCAAUUUCGCACUCCCCAGUAAAUUUUAUCUCAAAUUAUAUUUCACAUAUACAGCAGUUACAUGAUUCCUGUUAAUGACAACGUUUGGCAUCACCUGGGCUUUAUUUGGAGCAAUACGAAUGGCCGUUGGGACGUCCUAGUUGAUGGAACACCUCGAGCAAUGCGAGAUUCUGUGAGGGCUGGUAAAGUGAUUUCAGGAGGUGGAACUUUAGUGAUAGGACAACAUCACAUAACGUCUGGUUUUGAGGCAGGUGCAGGAUUUCUUGGUAGAAUCAGUGGAGUAAAUAUUUGGGAUAAGGCAUUGACUGGAGAAGAAGUUGAAGCUAUGGCUCAAUCUAGAGGAAACGAAAAAGGAAAUCUAUUAAGAUGGUUCAAUGUUGUUAACAAUAUUUUUGGAAAUAUUCAAGUAGUUAAGCCUUCCAAUGCUCACAAUACAAGUAAGCGUUCUUGGUUUUUUUCUGUAAACAUCUUUUAACCAUACAGUAUUUCGAUCUCCGAAACUGUUUGUUUUAAUUUAUGUGAUGUUGAAGCCCAAUCUAUACGGUCCUCGACUACUUGAACACACGAAGUCACGAAUGCUUAAAUUUUUAAUUUGCACAGCCAUUUUGGCUUAUUCUCCCUCUACAUACGACGUCAGAUUAUAUUGUGUUUUAUUUCAUAUUUUCAUUAUAUGAGUUUAGCAGUAAGUUGAGGAUAACUACCGGAUCAUCUUACUAAAAUCGUGUAAAAGCAUAUCACAUAAAUGUGAAAUAUCAUGUUAUGAAUAAAUAGAGAUUAUUUUAGUCAUGGGGGAAGUCUAGCUUAGUCUUAGCUAUUUCCUCCAAGAGUGUCAAGCGUAUUUACAUUGUACUACUUUAGCAGACCAUGGCAUACCCAAAUUACAGUAAUAAAAGUACAGACUUUGCAAAUCCAGAACGCCCCUAAGUGCCAUGAUUCCUUAUCAGUUCAGUGCUAUACUAGAGUAAAUGGUGGUAAAGGAUACUUUCAUGAACCGUGGUUUUUGUGUCGUGAAACAUGAUUUAUACGCGCCUAACCGUGAGCCGUGAUUGCCGAUAAUUGAAAAUGCCCGGAACUUAUUUGAGGCCAGUAGAACAAAUACUGGACGAGUAUAGAUCUUAGAAGUGGUUUUCUAAUACAGAGGACGUCUGGAAAGCACAGUGCAUUGUGGGAUACUACUGUAUUGGGUCAAUAAUUCAUCAUUUAAAAAUUCCUUGACGUAAGCACUUCUAUAUAAGGUCCAUUGAAAAGUGCGAACAUGAAGAAGAGCAAUGCUUUAGAUGUAUCAAUUUUACGGGAUUCGCAUAUAUUACUGAUUUUUAUUAGACACUGUAUAUCGGUUGGUUUUAAAAAGUCUUUCAAUCUUGAGCUGUCAGUAGUGCAUGUAAUUAGCUUUGAAUGCGUAAAAUAGGCUAAAGGGGUUAAGAAAGGAAUUAAUACUAUAAUUUGCACAGUUAAAAAUGCGAAACUCGUGAAAUGGCCCUUUUUUUCACGUGAAACGUGAUCCGCCCCCCCGUUUACCACAGUCUUACUACAGAAGAAAGCCGGAGUACCUAGAGAAACCUGGGGUGUUUGGUGGAUUGAAACACUGCAUGAAUUAAGUGCUCGUUUCACAUGUUGAAAAGACUCGCAAUAGACAUGGUGGAAAAACUGGACAGUUGAAAUGUUGAAUUUUAAUAUAUUCAUACAUUAUAUUAUUAUAAUUUAUAAAGACAAUAAACGUACAAAUUAUAUAGUGAAGUUGCGCAUGCAUGCAUGUGUAUAAUCUUCUGAUCGUUAUACUUAUUACCGGAAGCUUUAGAUUUCACUGUUUUUUUAUUUUUACAACAAUUUGCCCUUUUAUAGACAAAGGUUUGAAGUAUGAACUGCAAUUUGACUCGAGUGAAUUAGCCUAUGUAGUAUCUCCUGGACCUGUGAAUCGAAUCGACCAGCUUUCUGUUUGUCUCUGGCUGAAGACCUCUGUUACAAGCACUUUUGUAUACUACCACGUGGAGGGCGAAACAGGUCCAGCUUUUCAAUUUGGGAUCACCUCCUCAAAAUACUUGUCUGGAAAAAUAAAUGGAAGUCUCACUAGAAGGUUCGAUAUAUUGUUGCAAUCAUAUAAAUAAAUAUAUAUCUUGUGGAUGGUAUAGUCAACAGAUCAAAACCCUACAUUUAAAACUCAACCAGAAAUAUAUUUCAGCGAUUCUUUGAGUAGAGCUUAUGUACAACAAAACGAAUGCAUGAAAACGAUGAAAUUUUCCGCCUACUGUAUCUUCACUAUUGUUAUGUCAAUUCACGCAAAUGCCUAUUGAAAUAAGACGUCGCCACGUCAAACACUAUACGAAUGUCUAGAGGGUUUAAAUUGCAGGUUGGUGCAGGUUGAUUAGAUAAAGAUGGAUUUUGGCUGUUUUAUGAACAUAUAUUGUUAUAAGCACUAAAAUCAUAAACCUAACUCACAUCAACCGCCAACCCCAGCAUGGAGUGCUAACAAAAAUUCCAAAACUCAACCUCUUGGUAAUCGUAUUUUUACAUACGAGAUUAAGGCGUGUAUUCUAAAAGCUCACUCACUCACACUCAAUGAGUGGAGGUUCAAUCAGAGCUUUUCUUGAGUGUCAAUGCUGUUUUUGAAUAGCUGGAGGGUGAGCAAUAAUCCGUACAUAGUAAGGUAAGACACUAAGGGACCGGUCAUUAUUUAUGGUGGGGGUGGCACCGAAGAGAUUUAAAUGUUUUUUGUGGGAAAAAUUUUGCUGACCCAACCAUUAAAAAGUCAAAAAUUUGAUUACCCAACCUCAAAUAUCAAUUAAAAAAUGAAUACCCACCCCUGGCCAAAACCUUUACAAAAGGAUACCAUUCAGUUGUCACACAUGUCCUUUUAAUUGCCACUUUUGUGACAUGAUUUUGAUAACGGCUUGUGAAAUUUUCUGCAAUCCAAAGUUUCAUUGACAUUGCUUUUUAGUCUCCAAUAUUUCAGUGAGUCAUACUUUGGAAAUGACAAUAAUUUUUUAUUACCCAACCCUUGAGUUGUUUUGUUUUUCAUUUACCCAACCUUUUAAUUACUUAAAAUUUUGUUUACCCAACCCUUUUCUCUUCGGUGCCACCCACCGCCAUAAAUAAUGACCGGUCCCUAACCCUCCAGCUAUUCAAAAACAGCAUUGACACUCAAGAAAAGCUCAGAUUGAACCUCCACUCAUUGAGUGUGAGUGAGCUUUUAGAAUACGGGCGUAAGAUUCAAAAUCGUUUUUAAUGAUUAUGUUCAAUCACCUUGUUGCAUUUGUUUUGUUUGUUUGUUUGUUUGUUAAACUUUAUUGAGUACAAAUUAAUUCAACCAAUAUUCAUCUAACAUACAAUUAAAGAGCUGUACUCAAACGGACAAGGCACAAACUGGACGUAAAGUCCAUUGCAUGGUGCCCCUCCUCUUCCUAACAUAAAGCUUUUAAUUAAUUCACAGUAUACAGUACAGGGUGUCCCAAAAAAACCAAAAAAACCACUGAAACAACGCACUGCCAGAAUCCGAACGCCUCAGCACCGACUGAACGCAAAGACACGUAAAUAUGAUCGACAUGAUGCAUAUAAUAUGAGUAUUGAAGAAAUUAAAAUAUUUUUGAUGCGCCUAUAGAGAAGAUGUUACGUUCUACUUAAUGAUUUGCCUUUGUUUUGCCGCUGUGUGCUCUUAUGCAUGCUCUCCUCCGUUGUGCAGAAUGCUGGAAACGACUGAUCGACUGUUGCUUAGUUUAUCUGAACAAGUGGAUGCAUUACUGAAUAGUGUACCAAAUCUGAGGUUUUAUGCUAAUUCUGUAAUUUUUGCUGCAGUAUAGGUUAUUUAUAAAAGAAGCAGCUAGGACGUUUUAAAUAAGAUCGUGAAGAUUAUACUAAAUGAGCAAUUCAGUGUUGCAUAUAUUUGAAGCGAUUUUGUGUAAUUUGUUUUGUUGUGUGUUAUGUGUUUUACUGUUAUUGUCAAGUUUACAUGAUCCCCCACGAUAAGCUAUAACCUUUUGGGGGCAAAUGGAAAGGAUCUUAAUGCAUGUUGUUUAAAUAAAAGAAAAAAAACAAAACACAACACCACCAACCUAGACGGUCUAAAUUGCUGGUGAAAUUUGCAGAUUGGUCAGUGCAGACUAGAGUGGUGGUUGAGUUUUGGAGUAUUAUUUAGAAUAAAGCGGACUCCAGAUUAAGGUUGGGGGCUGGGUGUGGGUUAGGUUUCUCCAAUCAAUAUUUCACCAACCUGCAUGUAUCGGACUGCAACGUUCAAUUUAGACCUCCCAACGAAGGACAGCUAAACUUUAUUGGUAAUCCUAUUUGAUCCACAUCUUUAAUGGUUACCCUAGAGUACAUUGUUUACUAGUUGGGUUGAGUAACUUCCUUGUACCGGGAAACCUGUGUAAUUAGAGUUGCGAUUGAUUCUCUUCUUCCCUUUGUGGGUUUAUUAGCCAAUAUGUCUUAGUUGUCGAACACGUUUAUCAUGAGCCUCUGGCUUGGAUAAAUUAGGCAAUCGCGACCUGUGUAGUCGACGUUAAAUAAAUAAUAAUUUUAUUUUUAAUUAAAAAUAAUAUGAAUUAUUUUUGGAUUAGUCCUGUGUCGGACAACCGUAUCGUAAAUAACCACUGGCAUUUCAUCUGUAUCACUUGGAAUGGUCUAAAAGGGAAUGUAAAAUUCUACUACGAAGGAAUAAGACAGGAUACAACUGCAGUAUCUGGUCCGAUGACUCAUCUUUCACCACAUGGAAAAUUUUCAAUUGGUGUCACCAAAGAUUCAAACAGCGAUGGAACUUACUCCAGUUCAUUUGUUGGUAAAUUAAGUUGUGUGAAUAUUUGGUCCUAUCUUCAAUCAGAUGCGAGCAUUAUAGCUAUGGCGAGUGGUACUAUGAACAUUAAUGGAGACUAUCUAGCAUGGAGAGAUGUACAAGGAUAUAUUGUUGGCAAUCUAACUGUGGUUUUCAGUACCAAUAUAUACUGGCCAGGUAAUAUUUUGUCUUCAUCUAACUUAACUAAUAAUAUGUUAACUACUUGUAUUUUUCAACUUUCAAGACCUUUCAACGAUACUUUGUAAUCUCGCUCAAUCCGCAGCUUUAAACUUAGUAAAGGCAAGCACGAACCUAAGUUACUCCACCCUCAACUUACCGUAACCCACAUCCACAACUGUGCUUUCUAUAGUAUAUCUGUGCUUUGAAUGUGGAAGUUCUUAAUUCGUUGGUUUAAUUCUAUCUUGCGUAUCUUUAAUUGUAACUAUUAAUUGAACCUAUUUAAUUAUUAAUUGAACCUAUGUACAUUGCCUUCCUAUAAUUGUACCAUGCCUGCCUUUAAACUAUGAUGUCCACUCCGUUCUGCGCAUCAGUUCUGCUCAUAACAAAGGGGGACCCCCAGUGCCGCUUGGGACGUACAGUAGUACGGCAUUCCCAGUCCACAUUAAUGUUCUCAUUUUGAUGUCCGCUACAAGUUUUUUUUUCUCGGGCUCUCUGUAAUCUCUGAUUGUUCCUAAGCUUCUCUACUGUGAAUAGAUUAUCGCAUGCGCAAUGCUGUGUGCAUAAACUACUGUUACGGUGUUGUAUAGCCAUUAGUCAUUACUAACGAAAUCUAUUCAUCAUAUUAAAAGGUGAGGGACCGUUGAAUUAAUCCUCGUGUUUCCUUCUUUCAACAAACAUGCAUAUUUUGUUCAUCAAUUUACGCUCUACAUGGGCAUACCAGGAAGCAUUGCUUCUGAAACAGUAAAAUAGCACUUUAAUUUUUGUUUUCUGAAAAGCAAAUUUCAAUCCCACUAAAUAUUUGGGUGGGCAAAUGUGGAGGCAUUCGAGGAAUCAUGGAAACUGUUGCCUCGACUGUUGCUGCAACAGCACUCCUUGGCUUAACGAUGAUUUUCCAACUUGGUAAUGGACCGCUAAAGGUGUUACAGCAAACUUAUUUGCGCAGUAUUAGUAUUACAUGCAGCUGCAUCCAAUUAUUUCUGUAUGUCUUUCCAACCAUUGCAGGCUACAGUUUACUCGCUCGAAGAUCAGCAUGGUGCAAUGGUCUUACUACAUCUCUUUCUUGUGGUACUCUGUACGCCCGACUUGGAGAAGGUGCAGGAGGAGGGAAGAUGGCUUGGAGAUGUUACUGUGCUAGUGCAUUACAUCCAUCAAAAUAUGCUUACAAUUUUAAAGGUGGAAGUUCAGCCUAUGUCGACAAACAUGAUGAACUACUGGCCAUUAAUUGA